AUGACACAAUCUGAGCUCUUCUCCAAUGGGCGGGCCUGGGGCAGCUUCACGGUGCUGGACAACUCGGCCUGGUACCAGGAGCAGCACCUGGUGGACUUCCUGGCGGCGGUGGGCGGCCACUUCCGCAUGGGCACGCUGCUGAGCCGGCUGAGCGUCCAGACCCGGCUCAAGAGCCCCGAGGGCAUGAGCUUGGCCGAGUUCCUGUACCAGGUGCUCCAGGCCUACGAUUUCUACUACUUGUUUCAGCGUUACGGAUGCCGGGUGCAGCUGGGCGGAUCUGAUCAGCUGGGCAAUAUCACGUCGGGAUACGAGUUCAUCAACAAGUUGACUGGAGAAGACGUAUUUGGAAUCACUCUUCCUCUGAUUACAAGUACAACUGGAGCAAAACUGGGAAAGUCUGCUGGCAAUGCUGUGUGGCUGAGCAGGGAUAAGACAUCUCCAUUUGAACUGUAUCAGUUCUUUGUCAGGCAGCCAGAUGAUGCGGUAGAAAGGUACCUGAGACUCUUCACUUUUCUGCCCCUUCCAGAGAUUGACCACAUAAUGCAGCUGCACGUCAAAGAGCCAGAAAAGCGGGGUCCUCAGAAACGACUUGCUGCAGAAGUCACGAAGCUGGUUCAUGGGCAAGAAGGGCUGGAUUCUGCUAAAAGGUGUACACAAGCCCUUUAUCACAGUAGCGUAGAUGCACUGGAGGUCAUGUCUGAUGAAGAGUUAAAAGAGUUGUUUAAAGAAGCUUCAUUUUCUGAAUUAGUUCUUGACCCUGGAACAAGCGUCCUAGAUACGUGCCGCAAAGCAAAUGCCAUUCCAGAUGGUCCCCGGGGGUAUCGGAUGAUAACAGAAGGCGGAGUCAGUAUAAAUCACAGACAAGUAACAAAUCCAGAGAGUGUUUUGGUUGUUGGACAACAUAUUCUUAAGAAUGGACUUUCAUUACUUAAAAUAGGAAAAAGGAAUUUCUACAUUAUAAAAUGGCUUCAACUAUGAUGAAAAAUCCUUCUGAUGAUUCAAACUUACCGCCAUUCAUUCUCAAGAUAUACGAAAGGUUGGCUCCAGAACUUAACAUUCCUUCACUUACGCCAAUCAGCAGAGAAUGGAGUAUAUACUCUAGGCCUCACAGUGUGAGUAAUUUCAUUAUUUAUAUAGGUUGGUUAAUAAGUUGUUUGUCUAAAUGAUGGGAUUUUAUUUCUUGAUCCUUAAACAUUAAGGACUACCAUAGAAAACCAUGGUUUCCAGAGUUAGUAUGUUUUAAAAAUUAUACUUUAUGAAAAAACUAAAUGCUGUCUUUCCAGUCCUAUCUUGCUCUCCUUUUUGGACAUGAGGAACAAUGAAAAAGAGGUAACCUAAGGAAUUGCAGAUACUUUUAUAUCAAGUAUAUAUAUCUCACUGAUCUCGCUAAUGUCUGUAUUAAAACCAGCAGUGCCUCUAGCAUCCACAUUAGAAAUCUAGUACUGGAAA